AUGGUCCUGGAGGAGCACGUGGAGAUGGCGAGGUUGGACGUAGAGGUGCUGUCCAGCGACGACGGCGCAGACAACGCCCUCCUCCGGGGCGGCCCGAAUGCCCGGGACUGCCCGGCAAUAGGCCAGGCCGCGGAAGCGGCCCUCAGCAGGCAUCGCUUUGCCAUCAAGCUGCUGUUUGCAGCACUGGGCGUGGCAAUUCUGGUGGCCUGCCUGCUGCGAGCGGACACUUUACCAGGGCAACCAGACCAACAGACUGCAAAUGCACACGCGGAUGUCAAAUCAGAGACCGAGUCGGCGUACUUCGAGAACAGUGCCAGCUUCCUUAAUCGGGUGCACCACAUUCAGUCCGAGGACCUGGCGCGUUCAGCAACCAGGGCGGCGGCCCAGGUCGUGGACACGAGAGCCAAACACGAAGCCAAGAAGGAGACUGUCUCAUCCAUCUUCGUCGUGGACGAUGGGCCCGAGGAUUCGUCGGACGCCACCACCGUCACGGGCACCGACGGUGCUAAUGCACCUGUGGCUUCACGGACGAACAGUUCGAGCAGUGAGGACUCCAACGCCACCACCUCGACGACCACAACUACAGCUCCUACGACGACCCAGGUCGUGGAGCCGACCUUCACGUGCACGACGCCCGUGAUGCUCGGGAAUAUGACAGCUGCGGAUUCCAAGGGGCUGGCAAUCGACGACACGACUUUCUCGCAGUGCCCUUCCCUAGCCUUGACGAAGUGGCCCAACACCCACAACCGCAUCUCAUCAGUGCGCUUGUUCAAAGCUUGGGAUUCAAGCUGGGAUGCCAAGUACGAUCGCAAGGCAAUUUGGUUCGCGCUGCGCGAGUACAUCUGGGAGAACAACAUCAAAGUGCUCUUUGGCACACUGAUCUCGUGCAACGAGACAGCCGACGAUGCAGAUUGGGCUUAUGUGAAGGAGCUGAUGGGGUAUAUCGGAUGGUACUACACCAUGGGACUAGCGAUCGGCAACGAGGUGGAGCUCAUCCAUAAGCAUCCCUCUAGCUCUCCAGCUUGCAACGCUCGGCUCUUCCAGGGGAAGUACUUUCAGAACAAGGUGGACGCGCGCAUUCAGGACAUGGACCAGAUGGAAGGCUUCUCUUCCGUGCCUUUGACCACGGUCAUGGGAGGCUUUGUUCUUUCCGGAGCACCCUUCAUCAACACACCCUUUGCCGGCGUAGCCGACUUCUUUCGCUACGUGAGUGGACGUUACGGACGACGCUGGGUGUACACGUGGAACGUCUAUCCCUACUUCGACCCCAACGUCCAGGUCAAUCCUGCCGAUCCCGCAGCGUGUGGGAGAGUGCUGUACGCCGCGCAAAGCUUCGCUGUCGAUGGCAUGAUCACCACUCAGCUGCGAUCGCUCCGAGCAAGCACGCAGGCUGUCACGGGGCGCUGGGACGAUGUCACCUGGCUCGGCGAGACGGGCUGGUCUUUCCCACAAGCGACUACGUUGCACACCCCAAUGUCUGCAUGUCCGGGCUUCUCUGGGCCGGAGAACUUCCUGAAGUACUACCAGAAUUUCAUGAAUUGGGAUCUGUCGCUUGGACAAGGAGCGCAUCCCAUCAACCAUGUAUUCUUUUUCACCAUGCGCGACUCGAUCAACUGGCAGAUGUCAGAGUACUUCGGAUUGGUGCCGGACUGCAAGAGCAACCUCUGCAAACUCCACUGA